AUGCUUACCAAUAACAAUGGCCAGAGCACAGCACAAUCAGCAUCAUCGUCUAAACAUGACAAACCACUUAGUCAAUUUUAUUUAGCUUGUAAAGAAGGUGAUUUACAGAAAGUAACUCGUAUUUUAAAAACUUAUACGAUAGACGAUAUUAACAGAAUAGAACCACAUGGUAGUACGGCAUUACAUGUGGCUAGUUUUAACGGACAUGCACAAAUUGUUCGUCUACUGCUAGAUGUCGGUGCAGCAAGAAAUUUGCUUAAUAACUAUGGCUCUACACCGUAUGAAGAAGCAGAAAAAUAUCCGGAAAUUAGACGCAUGUUUGAACGUUUUGGUAAAUCAGAAUAG